AUGUCGCGCCGUACCUUCAGCGCGCUCAACUCGACGUUCGUCGUCGAUGCCGACUAUGAGUUCGUCAAGGAACUCGGCCAGGGCGCUUAUGGUUGCGUCGUCGCGGCCAAGCACCGCAGGACUGGUGAAACCGUCGCCAUUAAGAAGAUCACCAACAUCAACACCAAGAAAAUCCUGACGAAGCGAUGCCUGCGCGAGAUCAAGCUCCUCCACCACUUCCGGAGGCAUAAGAACAUCACUUGCCUGUACGACAUGGACAUCGUAUUUGGCCCCGACGGCAACUUUGACGAGGUCUACCUCUACGAGGAGCUCAUGGAGGCUGAUCUUCACGCGAUCAUCCGCUCUGGGCAACCGUUGUCGGACGCUCACUUCCAAUCAUUCAUCUACCAGACGUUAUGCGGUCUCAAGUACAUCCACUCGGCCAACGUACUCCACCGCGACUUGAAGCCUGGCAACUUGCUCGUGAACGCGGAUUGCGAACUCAAGAUCUGUGACUUCGGUCUCGCUCGUGGCUUCAACCAGCAGCAGAAGCAGGGCUUUAUGACCGAGUACGUCGCAACUCGGUGGUACCGUGCACCCGAGAUCAUGUUGAGCUUCGCCAACUACGCCUCGGCGAUCGAUGUCUGGUCUGUGGGUUGCAUUCUUGCCGAGCUUCUUGCCGGCAAGCCGAUUUUCAAGGGCAGGGACUAUGUGGACCAGCUGAACCAGAUCCUGCACUACCUCGGUACACCCUCUGAGGACACCCUCCGUCGCGUCGGAUCCCCUCGUGCUCAGGAUUACAUCCGCUCGCUCCCCAUCAAACCCCGCGUCCCCUUCCAACAGCUCUUCCCGCAAGCCAACCCGCUCGCCCUCGACCUCCUCUCCAAGAUGCUCAACUUCGACCCCGCGAAGCGCAUUACCUGCGAGCAGGCGCUCGAACACCCGUACCUCGCCGUCUGGCACGACCCCUCCGACGAACCCUCCUGCCCGACCAAGUUCGACUUCGGUUUCGAGGCGGAGGAAUCGAGCGAGGGCAUGAAGAAGCUGAUCGUCGAUGAGGUUACGCUGUUCCGCUCGGAAGUUCGCGGUCAGACCCGCACAGCCCAGGGACCGCGUCGUGGCGAGCAACUUCCUGUCCCGUCGCGUGAUGAGAUCAUUUCGUCGCCCAUACAGCAAGAUGCUCCCCCGAACGGCGCGACAGGCUACUACACGCAGGGCAACCGCGUUCCCAGCCCCGUCAUGGAUGACCCGAGCGCGGAUCUUGAGCGCGAGCUCGAGCAGACGCACCUCAACCGCUCGUAG